UUCAGGUACUUAACAUUCAGUAUAACAGCUAAUAUCCUUUCAUGUUCCUUUACCUAAUAAUGUUUUAUUAUAAUUUGUAUACACACACACGUUUUAUUAUAAAUUUGAUCAGUUUGAUAAAAUCUUUUUCUUCAGGCCCGAAGAUAUACUAUUGAGGAUAAAAUAUUUUGCAUAAAUAUAUAUAAGAGAUCCCGUGCAUGCUAUACUUUUUUAAGUAAAUAUUUAAGUUGCCCAUCUAUUUCCACCUUGAAUUCACAACUGAACAACAUUCCUAUUAGAGCUGGAUGUACUCGUUUAAUAGUAAAGUAUCUGGAACAAAUAGCGUUGGAUCUGAAAGACAGCAGAGACAAAUAUGUUGCUCUCAUUUGGGACGAAAUUUCAUUACAACCAGCUUUAUACUACAAUAAAAAGCAAGAUCGAAUCAUUGGCUUUGAGGACUGGGGAAUGAGAAGAACAAGAAAAAUUGCUGACCAUGCUAUAGUUUUCUAUCUUCGGUGUCUUAAAUCUGGAAACAAGAUGCCUUUGGGAUACGGUUUUUGUGAGAGCACUACAAAAACGCAUCAACUCAUUCGAUGCGUGAAACAAUGGCUAGUGAACAUUUCUGCAUCGGGAUUAAUACCUGUGGCUGUUGUAUGCGAUCAGGGUGGUACCAAUAUGGCUGCAAUUAACAGUUUAAUUUCUGAUUCCAAUAAAAUUCGCAUUAUGAAGAAUUUACCUACAAGUAAUAGUUUUAUGAUAAAAAACCAUAAAGUAAUACCUGUGUAUGAUUACGUACACUUGAUAAAGGGUACCAGAAAUAAUCUUCUCACAAAGGAUUUAGAUACUGACACAAGAAUAUCGUGUGCUUUAAACAAAAAAUACGCAUCUUGGGAUGAUAUUCAAAAAGCGUACGACAUUGAUAAAAAUUCUCUUAUGAGAUACCGACAAAUGGAGAAAAUAACUGAGAAGCACAUUAUUCCCAAGCUAAUCCCCAAAAUGAGGGUUAAAUACGCAACUCAAGUAUUUAGUCGCACAGUGUCAAAUUUUAUGGAUGUUAUAUUAAAUGUAAAUGGAGGAGUUGUCCCAACACAACAAGGAGACAUGAUUAUGUCCAAAAGUGCAUCCACAACUUGCGAAUUUGUCAGAUUUAUGAAUGAUUUAUUUGAUUCAUUCAAUGGCAAACAUCAGCAAGGAUUAAGUAGUAUAAUAACGGCUACUAGUGGACACUGUGCAUUUUGGCAAGAAGCCUGUAAAAAAAUCAAAAAUAUGCGUUACGUUGAAAAACUGACUAAAAAAAUUCCUAGUAAGACUGCACCUAAUUUAAAAAACUGGAUUUGGACUAUGAAAGGCACACAAGAAAUAUGGAAAACACUUCGUGCUGCUAAAUUUGAAUCGCUCAAUUUAAAAUUUUUGAACCAAGACCCGGCUGAAAAUUUUUUCAGCCAGAUAAGAAGCAACGGAUUUGCUAACAGAAAUCCAAGUUGCGAACAAUUUGAAGGUGGAUUUAAAACAUUACUUAUUUGUAAUUUAUCUUCCAAACAUUCCAUCGGAGCUAACUGUAAAGAUACUACAGAAGGCUCGACAUUGGCUUUGACUCAUUUGAUGAAUCUGUCUCAGACAAUGAAAGAAAUGAACGAUUCUGAAAACACACAAUAUGAAGAAGUAGAAUGUAAUGAGUCAGCAAUACCAAGAAGUGAUAUAAAUGAGAAAUUACUUAACGAAAAAAAAAUCAUUGACAUUAUUAGACGCAAAGAACUUGUUGCGCAAUGUGAGAAAUGUGCCAAGAAUCAUACAAACGCACAAACUUUAAUUGAAAUUGAAAAGGCUAUCGAAAUUUUAGAGCAGCAAUUUCCUGAGAUAUGCCAUAAAAUUAAAAUACUAGAAAAAACAAGAAAAAUUCUAGAAAAUCAAUGUUUUCUUACGUGUUCCGUACAAUGUACACACUUAAAAGAAACAUUAAUAUUGAUAACCGCAGAAGAAUUUCUCAAAGCUUGGUGCAAAUUUAUGAAUAAUAUUCUGUGCCGAAAAAUCAAUGUCCACUCUGAUAAUUUCAUGUAUAAAAUAGCUGCGAGAAUGUCAAACAAAUAUGGAAAGAAAAUGAAACCCGAAUCUAGAAUAUAGAUAAAUGUUCCAAUGUCUAUAUGAUUAAAUAUACAAUCAGCAUAGUAUCUUUGGAAAGGAAAGAAUCCUAAAUAUAAUGUGAGCGUAAUACUUAGCGGAGAUUUUAACAUCGGAUCGGCCCAUGAUCGAAGCUACCAGAGACAGUGAUAAUUGGCCCAUGAUUAAAACUACCAGAGACAGCGAUAAUUGGGACAUGGAGAUUCAUGAAUCAACGAGAUUAAGAAAGCUGGACGUAUUAUUACAUUUGGUACUGCAGCAUGGUAAUAACAGCCUGUCGACGGAGAACCCACGCGAUGACACGCCAAGGCGAAACGAGGACGCAGAAAAGAGAAUAUUCCGGAAAUACUCAGUGGGGCUUUAAGAGUAGUUUUUUUAGUUUUACCUAAGAGAGAGAGAGAGAGAAAGGACUAAAGUUACACGAAUUAAAUAAAAAUAUAAACAGUCAAGUAUAUUUAAAUUGACAUACCCAAGUCGCUGGUUUGUACAAAAUGCAUUAUGUUAUCUCAUAAUUUUCAUAAAGAUUUUGGUUAGAUUUCUUUUUAAGGAAUACGUUAAUUCUUUUUCUUUUUGAAUUAUUAUACUAUAUAAAUAAAAUGUAUUUAUAAAUUUA